CACCCCUCACUCCCUCCCAUGUACUGCUACUCCACUUACCAUCUCUGUACCAACACAGAAACAACUACCCAUACACCCCACUAUUCUCUCUCUUGCUCUGUUUCUCUAGGAACCAGAGCAUGGAGCGUAGUUUCAUCUUCUACUUGCUCUUACUUCUUUGCAUUUUCAGUUUUGCAGAUGCGGGCUCAAUCGGGGUAAACUAUGGAAGAAUAGCAAACAACCUACCUUCUGCGGUGAAAGUGGUGCAGCUCCUCAAGUCUCAGGGUCUGGAGCGAGUUAAGGUAUUCGACACUGAUCCUGCUGUACUCAGAGCAUUAUCAGAAUCUGGUAUUAAGGUCACUGUCGACCUCCCAAACGAACUCCUCUACUCCGCGGCCAAACGCCAGUCAUUCGCCUUCUCAUGGGUCCAGAGAAACGUCGCCGCUUACCACCCAUCCACCCAAAUCGAAGCCAUUGCUGUGGGUAACGAAGUUUUUGUGGAUCCACACAACACUUCCAAGUUCCUCAUACCUGCCAUGAAAAAUAUCCACCAAGCUCUGGUCAAGCUUAACCUUGAUUCCGCCAUCAAAGUUUCUUCACCAAUAGCACUCAGCGCUCUUCAAUCUUCUUACCCAUCCUCGGCCGGGGCAUUCCGAUCCGAAUUAAUUGAAUCCGUUUUCAAGCCCAUGUUGGAUUUCAUCCGGGAAACCGGUUCAUAUCUCAUGGUCAAUGCGUACCCCUUUUUUGCCUACGAGUCGAACUCGGAUGUCAUUUCUCUGGACUACGCUUUGUUUAGAGAGAACCCGGGUGUGGUGGAUGCGGGUAAUGGGCUGCGGUAUUUCAGCCUCUUUGACGCUGAAAUCGACGCCGUUUUUGCUGCUUUGUCCGCUCUGAAAUACGACGACAUCAGGAUGGUCGUGACUGAGACGGGUUGGCCAUCAAAGGGAGACGUGAAUGAGAUAGGUGCCAGCAUAGAAAACGCCGCAGCGUACAACGGCAAUCUUGUCCGUAGGAUUCUCACAGGUGGUGGGACCCCUCUUAGACCCAAGGCAGAUCUCACCGUUUAUCUUUUUGCGCUCUUCAAUGAGGACGAAAAGAAUGGGCCCACAUCAGAGAGAAAUUACGGCCUCUUUUACCCUAACGAGCAAAAGGUUUAUGAUAUCCCUUUUACUGUGGAGGGCCUCAAGAAUUAUAGUGGCAGCCGGUCACCGGGAUCCGGUGGUCAACAAGUGACGACUCCGACGAGCGGCGGCAUAUCCAAGACCACUACGGGGAACACAUGGUGCGUGGCGAAUCGUGAUGUCGGAAAAGAGAAGCUGCAGGCGGCACUAGAUUAUGCGUGUGGUGAAGGAGGAGCAGAUUGCCGUUCGAUUCAGCCUGGCGCCACGUGUUACGAUCCUAACACUAUUGAGGCCCACGCGUCUGUCGCCUUCAACAGCUACUAUCAGAAGAAAGGGCGGGACAUUGGUGCCUGUUAUUUUGGAGGAGCAGCAUAUGUCGUCACCCAAGCACCAAAGUAUGGGAAGUGCGAGUUUCCAACAGGAUAUUGAAGAAGAGGAAAUGAAGAAAUGGGAUAUUGCAUUAACUGAAGAGAUCAGGGGAAAAUUGGGGUCGGUUGAAUUGAAUGUAUUUUUUUUUUUUUUUGGGUUGUAUUCAAGUGCAGAGUAGUUGGGGUUGUUAGAGAAUUAAUUUAAUUUGAGUAGGUAAUUUUCUGUAAUUAUAAAAGUUUAUGUUUCUGUUUCA